UAUCUGCGCGAUCCUCUUCCUUGGCGUAGAAUUUUCCUGGUGUUUCCCCGAACUAUGCCGAAAGUAGUGUCGCGGUCGGUAGUUUGCUCCGACACCCGGGACCGGGAGGAAUAUGACGACGGCGAGAAGCCCCUCCACGUGUACUAUUGUUUGUGCGGCCAGAUGGUCCUCGUGCUGGACUGUCAGUUAGAGAAAUUGCCCAUGAGGCCGCGGGACCGGUCCCGUGUGAUUGAUGCUGCCAAACAUGCCCACAAGUUUUGUAACACAGAAGAUGAGGAGACUAUGUAUCUUCGGAGGCCUGAAGGCAUUGAGCGACAAUACAGGAAAAAGUGUGCAAAGUGUGGACUGCCACUCUUCUACCAGUCCCAGCCAAAGAAUGCUCCUGUGACUUUCAUUGUGGAUGGAGCAGUAGUCAAGUUUGGCCAGGGUUUUGGGAAGACGAAUAUAUAUACUCAGAAACAAGAGCCUCCUAAGAAGGUGAUGAUGACCAAACGAACUAAAGACAUGGGCAAGUUCAGCUCUGUCACUGUGUCGACCAUUGAUGAAGAGGAAGAGGAGAUUGAGGCUAGAGAAGUUGCUGACUCAUACGCACAGAAUGCCAAAGUGAUUGAAAAACAGCUGGAGCGCAAAGGCAUGAGCAAGAGGCGACUGCAAGAGCUGGCUGAACUUGAAGCCAAGAAAGCAAAAAUGAAGGGGACUUUGAUAGACAACCAGUUCAAAUGACCGACACCUUUCUCUGAGCCCGGAUUAGAGUUUUUGGCCAAGGCUGAGUUUGAACCCACCACCUCCAACAUAUGGGGCCAGCACCCUACUCCUUUGAGCCACAGGCACCGCCUGACAAGUAUUUCUUAAUCUAAACUACGUAAUAAGCCUAUGAUAUAUGAUAGGUUUAACUGUUACCAUUCUCAUUUUAGAAAUGAUUACUCUGAGGCUCAAGAGUGUUUAAGUUUCUCAAGAUCCACUGCCAGCAAGAUAAAGCCAAAAAGCUGAGCUCGUAACUAUGCUAAACUGCUUCUCCUGUGGACUUUUCAAAAAAUACUAUUUUUGAGAACAAAUUGUAAGUUAAUUUUCAGAAACCAAGUAAAGUGCAAUGUGAAGACACACAGAGGACUCACUAUAGCAAAUGUGUGGUUACUUUUCUACAUAUUUUCUGAAAUAUUUGUUCUUAGGUACUAAUCCUAAACUCUUUCAGCAUCUAGUUCAAAUUAUGCUUUUUGCUUCAUCUAUAAAGAAAACACAGUACCUUUAGCACAAAGCAAGCAUGUGCUCGUCAUGAUGUUUUACUCCUUUAUA